CUUGAAUGAGUCGGUGUGUCCAAACCUCUGACUGGUUCUGUACAUGAUGGCAAGUUGCUGUAUGUCUUUAAUACAUGUUAACGUAUUUCUCACCCUGUUGAGAAGCAGAGAUAGAGAAGAUGAAAAAAAAAAACCCGUCAGCGCCUGGGAACCUGAGGGCUCCUGCAGAGGUAGAGAGAGGACAGACAGGAGUCAGGGGGGAACCAUCGGACUGAUCAUGCUGUGAGGAGAACAGCUCAGGGAAAACCGGUUGUUUUUGUCUUCAUCUGAAAUCCUGAAAGCGUCCUGAGCAAGAUCUGGUCUGGUCUGAGGAGACUCACUCUGCAGCAACAUGGGAGCCUCCACUGAUAAGGCGUCUCUCCUCUCGGGGCUGCUGGUGUUCAUGCUGUGUGUCGUCUCUUCUGUCUGUCAGGAUGAAUAUUCUGGAUACCACUCAGGUGAGGAACACACCUAUGAAGGGUCCGUAAUCGACCACUAUGACAGCUCAGCCUCUCCUCAACCAGAGUAUCCUCCCGAGCCGACAAACAGCUACGACGUGGACCAGCAGCCCGAGGUGGAGGACUACGACCCCUACGGAGCCGCCCCCACCCAGGUCACCAUGAUCACUGAGGAGGCCUUCCCCUACGCCACCACCACCGAGUCCCACUACGCCAAGGAGGACACCGAGACCAUGGAGGUGGGACUGCAGAGGGGGGGCGACUCGGCACUCGGGGAAGUGGGACCGACAGAGUGCGACUGUGAACCCGGAGAGCCUGGGUUCGCUGGUUUUGCAGGACCAAAGGGAUCCAGAGGUCCGCAGGGUAAAACUGGUGAGCCAGGAGCUCAAGGCAGAGAGGGUUACAAAGGAACCAAAGGGGUUCAGGGAAGAGGAGGUGAUGCUGGACCAGUCGGCGAUGUCGGACCCGAGGGAGACGAAGGAGCUUCUGGUUUCUCUGGAGCCAUGGGAGAACCUGGACUUAUAGGAGACCCUGGGGAUCUGGGAGAGCUGGGUCUGAAGGGUGACGUCGGUAUGGAGGGACCCAGCGGAGGAGUUGGAGCUCCUGGUGAGACUGGCUCUCAGGGUGACGCUGGGCCUUCAGGGUCAAAUGGAGGUGAUGGUAUCAAGGGGUCCUCAGGUGACGAAGGCAAAGAAGGUCCUCAAGGACCAGACGGACAGAAGGGUCAGAUCGGAGCUCCUGGGUUUCCUGGUGACGUCGGCGAGAGAGGCUACACCGGUUAUCCUGGACAGCCGGGGGGCUUUGGACCGAGUGGACCAAAGGGGGAUAAAGGUAAAGACGGCCUGCCAGGCAGUGACGGUGCCCCUGGAGAAGAUGGUCCUUUAGGAGUUCCCGGUGUGAUGGGAGAGCCGGGACCGUUUGGUGCCAAGGGCAGUAAAGGUGAUCGUGGUGUGCAAGGACCUCGAGGCAGAGUUGGCGCCGUGGGAUCUGUAGGAGAGCAAGGAGACGCUGGAGUACCAGGAAAACAAGGACCAAAGGGCCUGCAGGGCCCGAAAGGGGCCAAAGGUGAGACGGGACCUGAUGGUGAGAAGGGUGCAGCAGGGAAGAAAGGCAUUAAAGGUGAUCAAGGACAGAAGGGAAGCAAAGGUGACGGUGGAGACAAAGGACAGCGUGGACCGAAAGGCGCGGUCGGUCGUAACGGCGUCCCCGGCCCCGUGGGUCCGCCUGGCAUCCCGGGAACCAGAGGAGAGCGAGGCCCCAUCGGAGACCCGGGAGUCAAAGGCCGAGCAGGACCCAAAGGAGUGCAAGGUCCCUCUGGUCCUGGUCUGACUGAUGAGCAGGUCCUGCAGCUCUGCAGAGGUGUGGUCACAGCCCAGAUCUCCCAGUACGCCUCCUCCAUACGGGCUAAGUGCUCCCAAGGCUGCCCCAUCAACAACCGGACACUGAUCGGGCCCCCAGGAGGCCGAGGGCCAACAGGAUCAGCAGGCAAACCUGGUAAAGCAGGAAAAGCCGGAGCGAAGGGAGCCAGAGGUGCUCAGGGCGACAGAGGACUGGAGGGAGACAAAGGAGCGCAGGGUGACAGAGGUAAAAAGGGACCUAAAGGUGCUGCCGGUGAUCCAGGUACAGGCCUGCCAGGACUUGAUGGACCACAGGGCCUCAGAGGUUUGCCAGGUCACCCAGCAGAACCCAAAAAUGGCAUGGAGGGUCCCCAAGGUCCCCGCGGCUUCUCUGGUCCGAUGGGUACGCCUGGCAUGGUCGGAGUCGCUGGCGUGCCAGGAUUUUGUGAGGCACGGGACUGCAGCAUUCAUGCACCGGUGAUGCGCAAAGAGCAGGGCCUGGUGAAAGGACCUGCCAGUUCCAAAAUCUGAACCUGAACAUGAGCGGCGAGGACCUCUGUGAGAUUAGAGGGUCUGGGAUUCACUUGGUGGCAACUUCAAGUUUUAUCUCAUUAAUAUUCCAGCUGACAUGGGAGCUGGGUACAAAGAGGAAAAUUCUUAUUAGAUUUAUGACAAUGGUUUAUUUAAAAACGGUGACUGAUUCUAUCAUAACGUUGACUGUUGUUGAAAAUGUCAAUGGGCCAAGUAUAGUACCAUGGGGAACUCCGCCAAGAAAUAUUGAGCUGAAUGAAACCAGCAAAGACUUUUCCAUCUGAGCCAGACAAGCCUUCAAGUGAGCUUUUGACAUUUUAAAAGUUUUUUUACUUCAUAAAGACAUAAAGAUCCAAACUCUGUCAAUUUUUACCAGAAACAAUUAAGUCUGAUGUGUUGUAAUUUGAUUUAAAAAAAAAACAAAGAAAAAAACACUAAAUGAUUUCCCACUGAAUUCUUCAUUUUGCUUUAGUCUUUGUUUUCUUUGGUACCCCAAAGUGACUAUAAAAAAUGAACAAAAAUAAAUAAUGCUGUGUAAAUAUUUUGUAAAGUAUCUCAAAUACAUGUA